AUGGAAACAGGUUUGCCCACCCGCGCAAGCCAGCCGAGGCUCCCGGAAGGUAAACACAUCGAGAAGGGCGGGGCAGAAGGCGGGUUAGGGAUGGAGGGCUGGUGGGGCUGUGGCUUUGGGGAGGCUUGGAGAGAACGAGGUGCAAGCAGCGUGAGGGGAGAGGGCUUGACUGGUUUAGUGAAUGAAGCUAUGGCUACAGAUUCUCCCAGAAGACCCAGUCGUUGUACUGGUGGAGUUGUGGUUCGCCCCCAGGCUGUCACGGAGCAGUCCUACAUGGAAAGUGUUGUGACUUUUCUACAGGAUGUUGUACCACAGGCUUACAGUGGAACACCUCUGACAGAAGAAAAGGAGAAAAUAGUCUGGGUCAGAUUUGAAAAUGCAGAUUUAAAUGAUACAUCAAGAAAUCUGGAAUUUCAUGAAAUACACAGCACUGGGAAUGAGCCGCCUCUGCUGAUUAUGAUCGGCUAUAGUGAUGGAAUGCAAGUCUGGAGCAUCCCGAUCAGUGGGGAAGCACAGGAGCUCUUUUCUGUUCGACAUGGCCCCAUUCGGGCGGCUAGAAUCUUGCCUGCUCCACAGUUUGGUACUCAAAAGUGUGACAACUUUGCUGAAAAAAGGCCCCUCCUUGGUGUUUGUAAGAGCACUGGAUCUUCUGGCACAAGUCCACCUUACUGUUGUGUAGAUCUAUAUUCACUUCGUACUGGUGAGAUGGUCAAGUCUAUUCAGUUUAAAACACCUAUCUAUGAUCUCCACUGCAACAAGCGGAUCCUCGUUGUAGUCUUGCAGGAGAAAAUUGCUGCCUUUGAUAGCUGUACUUUCACAAAAAAAUUUUUUGUCACAAGCUGCUAUCCUUGCCCAGGGCCCAACAUGAAUCCUAUUGCUCUUGGGAGCCGUUGGCUUGCUUAUGCAGAAAACAAGUUGAUUCGAUGUCAUCAGUCCCGUGGUGGAGCCUGUGGAGACAACAUUCAGUCUUAUACUGCCACAGUCAUUAGUGCUGCUAAAACAUUGAAAACUGGUCUGACAAUGGUCGGGAAAGUAGUGACUCAGCUGACAGGCACGCUGCCUUCAGGUGUGACAGAAGAUGACAUUGCCCUCCAUAGUAAUUCAAGGCGGAGUCCUCUGGUUCCAGGCAUUAUCACAGUAAUUGACACUGAAACCGUUGGAGAGGGCCAGGUGCUUGUGAGCGAGGAUUCUGACAGUGAUGGUAUCGUGGCCCACUUUCCUGCUCAUGAGAAACCAGUGUGCUGUAUGGCAUUUAAUACAAGUGGAAUGCUUCUAGUUACAACAGACACCCUUGGCCAUGACUUUCAUGUCUUCCAAAUUCUGACUCAUCCUUGGUCUUCGUCACAAAGUGCUGUCCAUCAUCUGUAUACUCUUCACAGGGGAGAAACUGAAGCCAAAGUACAAGACAUCUGCUUCAGCCAUGACUGUCGCUGGGUUGUGGUCAGUACACUCCGGGGGACUUCCCAUGUUUUCCCCAUCAACCCUUAUGGUGGCCAGCCUUGUGUUCGAACACAUAUGUCACCACGAGUUGUGAAUCGUAUGAGCCGUUUCCAGAAAAGUGCUGGGCUGGAAGAGAUAGAACAAGAACUGACGUCUAAGCAAGGAGGUCGCUGUAGCCCUGUUCCAGGUCUAUCAAGUAGCCCUUCUGGAUCACCUCUGCAUGGGAAACUAAACAGCCAAGACUCCUACAAUAAUUUUGCCAACAACAACCCUGGCAACCCUCGGCUCUCUCCUCUCCCCAGCUUGAUGGUAUUGAUGCCUCUUGCACAAAUCAAGCAACCAAUGACAUUGGGGACCAUCACCAAACGAACAGGGCCUUAUCUGUUUGGAGCGGGGUGUUUUUCCAUAAAAGCUCCAUGCAAAGUUAAACCACCUCCACAAAUCUCACCCAGCAAAUCAAUGGGCGGAGAAUUUUGCGUGGCUGCAAUGUUUGGGACGUCCAGAUCGUGGUUUGCAAAUAAUGCAGGUCUGAAAAGAGAAAAAGAUCAGUCCAAACAAGUUGUCGUUGAAUCUCUCUACAUUAUUAGCUGCUAUGGGACCUUAGUGGAGCACAUGAUGGAGCCACGACCACUCAGCACUGCCCCCAAGAUUAGUGAUGACACCCCACUGGAAGUGAUGACAUCACCUCGAGCCAGCUGGACUCUGGUUAGAACUCCUCAAUGGAAUGAAUUGCAACCACCAUUUAAUGCAAACCACCCUCUGCUCCUCGCUGCCGAUGCAGUCCAGUAUUAUCAGUUCCUGCUUGCUGGCCUGGUUCCCCCUGGAAGUCCUGGGUCCAUUACUCGGCAUGGGUCCUAUGACAGUUUAGCUUCUGACCAUAGUGGACAGGAAGAUGAAGAAUGGCUUUCUCAGGUAGAAAUUGUAACGCACACUGGACCCCACAGACGUCUGUGGAUGGGUCCACAGUUCCAGUUCAAAACCAUCCACCCCUCAGGCCAAACCACAGUCAUAUCAUCUAGUUCAUCUGUGUUGCAGUCUCAUGGUCCAAGUGAUACUCCACAGCCCCUUUUGGAUUUUGAUACAGAUGAUCUUGAUCUCAACAGUCUCAGGAUCCAGCCGGUCCGCUCUGACCCAGUCAGCAUGCCAGGGUCAUCCCGUCCAGUCUCUGAUCGAAGGGGAAUUUCCACCGUGAUUGAUGCUGCCUCAGGUACCUUUGACCGGAGCGUGACCCUGCUAGAGGUGUGUGGGAGCUGGCCUGAGGGCUUCGGGCUACGGCACAUGUCCUCCAUGGAGCAUACAGAGGAAGGCCUGCGGGAGCGGCUCGCCGAUGCCAUGGCAGAGUCGCCAAGCCGGGACGUUGUGGGAUCUGGAACAGACACAGCCCUUGACGUAGCAGUAAAAACCACCACCCCCGAGAGACAUGUGGCUGUGAAGUAUGUUGGGAAAAAAAAAGGAAAAAAAAAACAAUGCCAACAGCCCAGCGUCCGUGAGCAACCCAACAGUAACAAAGCAGGUGUUCGGGAUGGAGGAAGAACUACAGCGAGAGGGAAGCAUCGAGACUCUGAGUAACAGCUCAGGCUCCACCAGCGGCAGCAUCCCAAGAAACUUUGAUGGCUACCGAUCUCCACUGCCCACCAACGAGAGUCAGCCGCUCAGCCUCUUCCCUACUGGCUUCCCAUAGUACCAGCAACCUGCUUCUGACUGGCCGGCCCACUCACCUGCUGGGGGGAGGGGGAGAAGCCCCCCUCGUGGUCCUACCCUUCAGUCUCUGCUCCUCUUUCACCAACCACCUUCCCCAAGCUUAGUGACAACAGCCGCCCACCCUCCCUGGAUGGAGAAGAGACCCUUCUCCAAAGCACCUUGGCACACUCUGACCUCUGUCCCCCAUCAGUGGGGCUGUGGCUGAAAAAGACUCUGCAGAAGUUCCGUCCCCUCCUCUGCACAUGAUGUCCUGCAUUGGAUCCGCUUUUGUAUUUUCUAACCAUACCCACAGGGGGCUUGGGAGGAGAGAGAGUGGAUGGCCCGCCUGGGCAUUUUGACCCUGAGCAGACAGCUCUAGCCCACUCCUGGCUAUGAUAUGCACUGCCCAGUUUCCCUUGGCCAACCUCCCUUUGGCAUAGGGUAAACUGAGGCCCAGAGUAUCAGGGAAGGAGGAAGGAAGGAGAAGCACCCCCCCCCUUCCUCUUUUCUUUCCCCUUUGGCUCAUGGGAAGGAUUUGUCUUUUUUGUCUGUAAGCCCUUUUACCCUGGUCCUGUACUGUUGAGUGAAGGAAACCGUGGUUACCAAGACCCUGUCAAAAAGUGCACGUCUUGUCCAAUAAAUCACGCUGCAAUUGGU